UUCAUUAGGCCGGCCACCCGCCCAAUUAGGAGCCAGAUGGCGCUUCUGGCCAAUCAAAUCAUGGAUGCGAGAAUUCUCAGCAGCAUGAACGGCAGAGUUGAGCUCUCGCAGUUCUUGAGGGUUACGAAUCAAAGCAUUGUUACCCAGGUAAACUCUGUUCAGGAUGACAAUCGCAAGAACAGAAAGUAUCCUUGUCCGUUGUGCGGAAAGCGUUUCCGUUUCAACAGCAUCCUUUCGCUUCAUAUGCGUACACACACCGGCGAAAAGCCAUUCAAGUGUCCCUACUGCGACCACCGGGCUGCACAGAAGGGCAACCUGAAGAUACACCUGCGCACCCACAAACAAGGCAUUCUGGGUAAAGGCCGUGGACGCAUUAGGGAGGAGAACAGGUUGCUUCAUGAGCUUGAAGAAAGGGCCAUACUGAGGGACAGGCACAUGCGAGGCGCUCAUGUCAGCUCUCAGCAAACGUCCGUCGGAACGCAACUUCAACAACCCCAACAGGCCCAGACUCCAAAGCAGUUUUUCAACAGCCAGCCCGUAGCGUCCACGUCCCCGAAAGCCACCGCCAUCCAUGAUGAGACCAACCAGCCCCCACCCGUCGGGUUUCGCUGCUCAUUCUGCAAGGGAAAGUUCAGAAAGCAGCAGGAGCUUGAGCGUCACAUCCGGAUCCUGCACAAACCCUAUAAAUGCACCUUGUGUGAGUUUGCUGCCGCACAAGAGGAGGAGCUUAUUGCUCAUGUUGAGAUGGCGCAUAUUACAACUGAUUCAGGGCCAGGACAGAAGCCUACGGUGGGGGUCAAUGAUAAGGGGAAGCCUGGUGGUGAAUUCCCCUGUGAUGUUUGUGGACAAACCUUUAGCCAGGCCUGGUUCCUAAAGGGUCACAUGAGGAAACAUAAGGACUCUUUUGAGCACUGCUGUCAAAUUUGUGGCCGUCGCUUCAAAGAGCCCUGGUUUCUCAAGAACCACAUGAAGGUCCACUUGAAUAAGCUGGCCUCCAAGGCUCAUCUCCCGCCUCAUCAUGACAACGCUGUUAACAUGACUCAUUUGACAGAAGAUUACCAGAGCAACCUCUACUCGCAGUAUGUCUCUCGCAUUCACAACAGGUUCCUAACAGCCGAGAGAGCCGACCAGACAGAUUAUAGCCAGUUACUCGCCGCAGCCGGUGUUGACAUCAAAGUUAGCGAGAUGUUAGGUCGCCGGGUUUCCCCAAGUCUCGGCCCGCUCGCCGAUACUAAGGGCUCCUCUUUGUUGGGCUUGAACCACCUUCACCCUCCCCUGAGCGCCACCAAUCUGGACUACCUGCAGAAAGUCAUCUCCAGCAGAGAUGCAGUUAGCUAUUCAGGCUGGCAGAUCAUGACACCCCCACAGCACAUCUUCAACCCUAAAGAUCAGCAGAACCAGCAGAGCUCCUCCUACCUGUCUGAGCGACGCCUUCCCCUGGAUGACGGCAAAGUGGGCCUCGCCGACCAAGACGGGAACACGAGCAGCCGGCCCAGCAGCAAAGGCAGCCUUAGUCAUCACGGGCCGACCGAGGUCGCCACAGAGACCGGAAGCGCCCUUGAACGUCGGCCACAGUCUUCUUCUCCAGCUUCAGCUCUAGGUGACAAUGUCUAUAAGUGUCUACCCUCCAGCGACUACCCCACCAUCGGUUUCCAGCUGGACCGCUACCACUUCCCGUCCUGGCAGAGCAGCAGGGAUCUGUCCUCUCCGCUGCAGGCCACCAGCAGCAGAAGCUCCAGUCCCAACCCGAAGCCGCGACCCCGGUCCAGGGAGGACGGGAGCCCUGUGAGCGCUCACUUCCUUUCACCAGACAGAGAAAAUGCCCUGCUGGUCCCUGACAAGAAUCCAGUCAGUGAUAGUCCUGCUUCCGUUCGCACCAUCAAGUCCCAGUAUGAGCCUUUAGACUUGUCAGUUUCUUCUCAUUCCACCGUGUCUCCUGCUCUGCCGGUCCAAAUGUCUGGUGUCCUGAGCAAUGGACUCAAUCCACUUUGCAAUUACCCCACUGAACCUGAUGUGAAACCUGUGUACAGGUGUGAUCAUUUAGGAAUAAAACAAGGUGUGGAGAAACAGAAUAUAGGGUCAACAGGUGAAGUCGGGAAAACAGGUCUUGAAGAAGAGCCGGACAAAGAGUGGAAGAUGCUGAAGGAUGAGGGCCAGGCUGACAUCCCGGGAAGAAAGCGUGACGAGAUGGGCUCGUGGACUGCAGCAGAAGUGAGCAUGUCCUCCCCUGAGAAGCUGGCUCGGGAUCUGAUCAAUCCCUAUCAGCAAGCUGGUCUGCUCUCACUCCUCAGAGCCCAGAAGAACCGGAGUGGCACUCAUGGGACCAUCCUGAAUGGCGGGGGCAACACAAGUAACAUUGCAUCAGCUCGGAAGCCAUUCCCGUGCAGAUAUUGCCCCUACAGUGCCUCGCAGAAGGGCAAUCUGAAGACACACGUCAUCUGCGUCCACCGAAAACCCUUUGACAACAGCCUGUACCCGGACCGCCGUCUCCGCCGCUCGCACACACCACAGCGUCCAGAUCCGUCCAGAUCGCCACCGAGCAUUGCGGAAGACACUCAGGCUGCGGGUAAAGAGCUGAUCGACGUUGCGUCGCUUUGUGGGACUUGAUGUUGUUGUCAUGGAUACAGACAGUUAUGAUUAUUGCUUUGGUAAAAAACACUGAGAUGUUCAUUUAAAAGGGGCUAUUAUGCACUUUCUUAUGUUCUAUAAUAAUAUAACGCGUUUGAGUGUUCAUACACUAAGUACUAGACAAGUGUUCCUUCGCUUCCUCCCUCCUUUGUGGUUCCGUCAGACAGAUCUUACAGUGAAAGAAAUAUGGGUCCUUUCCGCUGUGCAAUGUGGGGCAAUACUACUAUAUCCCCUCUAACAGCAAAUGUUUAUGUACAUUCCAGUGUUUCUUGAAGAUCCACAGUAUGUAUUUAUCUGUAGCAAUGAGGUUGCAUAUCAUCAUAAUGAUAAUAAUAAAGUCCACUGUGAUGUGAAAGUAAAACAGUA